UGUUCAUAGAUAGCCGAGAACGAGAGAUGGCAAUGAGUGAGCAGUAGAAGCUGACUGAAAAGCAAAGCCUCUUCUCCUCUUCUCUCUUCUUCUUCUUCUUCUUCUUCUUCUUCUUCUUCCGCCUGCUCGCCGCCAUUGCAGUUGCUAGCUACAAUCACACUACUUAAUCUCCUACCACGCUGUUGCCAUUACACAACUACUAUCGAGCUCCCUGGGAUUAAAAUUCUCAGCGUCUAAGUACAAUACUGCACUUCUUAGCGUAGUUAAUAUAUUAAACCAUCUUUUGCAGCAGUAGAUGAAGUAGCAAAUACCGCAUUCAAUCUCCGACUUUGAUUGCCCCAUUUAUUGCUCCGCCAAAAGCUUCUUCCUUCUUGCUCUCCACUCACCACAAAAUCGCCCGUUCUGCUUCCCUUCACCUUCCUUCGGCAUCCAGAUCUGCUUCGCGGGUCGGUCCGGGGUCCUAUCGGAUCCGGAAUCCUUCAGUCUACCCCUGGUGAGCAAUACCUGUGAUGAUAUACCAUAACAAGAAAUGCAAAGGAUUCCGGAAUCAAAACCACUUUCAAGACAGUUUCCUAUGGAGGCUAAGGUGGCUCCACUCCCCAGAAAGUUAUCCAGUGAGGCUAAGGUGAUGAGUACUCGCUCAAUUUCUGAAAGGAAAGAGGUGGGAAACAAACCCAAUCUGCAGGGCUUUCAAGAUUUGGACAUAGCUGUCCCUCUGCAAAAGCAGAUAGGAGAGAGUUAUGGUCAGGAGCAAGAGGAAGUCAUGGCGGAUGCUGGUUCGUUUAAGAGAAGUGGUGAUUCGUAUGAGGAUAGUGGCUCCACUUCAUUCCAUGGAGUUAGUCAUCCCCCAGAACCUAUUGAUACAGACCUAAUGAGACCGGUGUAUGUACCAAUUGGCCAGGACAAAGGAAAUGGCAAAUGCUUGGUAAAAAAUGUAGCUGUGAAGGGUCCUUUCUUAGAAGAUCUUUCGAUACAUGUUCCUUAUAAGAAACCAAGCUCAUCUCUUCUUUCACCCGCAGAGAGCAUUAUUGAAGAAUCAAAUGAUUUAGCAACCAUAUCUUCUCCUUUUGCAGUUCCUCGCCCAUCCCAACAUACUGAAGUUAGUCUGCCCCAUGAUUCUGAAGAGAGAGAAUGCAUUUGGGAUGCUUCACUGCCUCCAAGUGGCAAUGCAAGUCCACAUAGUAGCAUUGAUAGUUCUGGGGUUGUCAGGGCUAUGAGUGUUGCCAAUAGUUGCACAAGCACAUACAGAAGCGAUGGGAUGAUGAGUGAUGGCAUGCUCAGUGUAGACAGAAACUAUAAGAGCACAAAGGCAAGCAUGAGAGGGGACUCGCUUGAAAGUACAAAGACAAGCCUUAGCAGAGCAAGUGAUAGCAGUGGCCUCAGUGAUGACAGUACCUGGAGCAACAUUACUGGUGGUGCUAAUAAGCCUCACAAAGGGAAUGAUCCUAGAUGGAAGGCUAUUCUUGCCAUCAGGGCACGCGAUGGUAUAUUAGGCAUGAGCCAUUUUAAAUUACUCAAAAGACUUGGUUGUGGUGACAUUGGUAGUGUUUAUCUCUCUGAAUUGAGCGGGACUCAUUGUUACUUCGCAAUGAAAGUGAUGGACAAGGCAUCCCUUGCAAGCAGGAACAAAUUGAACCGUGCUCAGACUGAGAGAGAAAUCCUGCAGCUGUUGGAUCAUCCAUUCUUACCAACCUUGUAUUCCCAUUUUGAGACGGACAGAUUUUCAUGCUUAGUCAUGGAAUAUUGUCCUGGAGGAGAUCUACAUACCUCACGGCAACGACAACCUGGGAAGCAUUUCUCAGAAUAUGCUGCAAGGUUUUAUGCUGCUGAGGUUCUGUUGGCACUAGAGUAUCUCCACAUGCUAGGAGUUGUAUACAGAGACUUGAAACCCGAAAAUGUUCUGGUUCGCGAUGAUGGGCACAUCAUGCUUUCAGACUUUGACCUUAGCCUAAGAUGUGCAGUUUCACCCACACUUAUAAAAACAUCUUCUGAUUCAUCUAAACAAGGAGCUGCGUUUUGUGUUCAGCCAGCCUGCAUUGAGCCCACAUCUGUUUGCAUUCAGCCAGCAUGCUUCCUCCCUCGGAUUUUUCCUCAGAAAAGCAAAAAGAAAUCCUCAAAGUCACGUGCUGAGCCUAGCCUAACAUCUAGUGCGCUUCCUGAGUUAGUUGCAGAGCCUACUGCAGCACGGUCCAUGUCAUUUGUUGGCACUCAUGAAUACUUGGCCCCUGAAAUUAUCAAGGGAGAAGGCCAUGGCAGUGCAGUUGAUUGGUGGACAUUUGGUAUCUUUCUGCAUGAAUUACUUUAUGGUAAAACCCCAUUCAAAGGCUCGGGGAAUAGGCAAACUCUUUUCAAUGUUGUUGGACAGGAUCUCAAGUUUCCAGAUUCACCUGCAACAAGUUACGCGAGCCGUGAUCUUAUUCGAGGCUUGCUUGUUAAGGAUCCACAUAAACGGCUAGGGACGAAGAGGGGAGCAACUGAGAUCAAACAGCAUCCUUUCUUUGAAGGAGUUAAUUGGGCUCUGAUUCGUUGCAGUACACCACCAGAAGUACCAAGACCUGUUGAAGCUGAGUAUCCAUGGAAGUUAGGGCAAGUUGACCCUAUUGGAGUCAGCAAUAGCAGUAAAAUAGUAGGAUCAGACAUGAGGUCUGAGGGUAAAUAUCUUGACUUCGAGUUCUUUUAGGUCACCGUUACAGGUCACUUGGCAUCUGUUGGUCCUGUGAGCAGUUCCUGCACGAGUUCUUUUAGCAGUUUCUUCCACGCAGCAAUAUGUUUCAGAGAUGAAUGGGCUGUCAUGAAAGAAAGUCAUUAGUUCCUAUAGUACCUGUAGGGCUUCUACUUUCUUCUGAUGACUUUUCACACACAGUUGAAAACAAGAAUUAAAGCUGAUACCACAUCAACAAUGCACGGUAAACUGCUUAGCCUUGUGUUUUUUGCUGUCUAAUUGCAGAUAUUCUAUAAUUAGAUGUUGAGUUUAUAAUGAAUAUCUUGGUUAAGGUUGUUUAUAGUUGAAUUCACUCCUUGCCCACUUUUGCUUUUGUUGGGAAGACAAAUGGCAGUGGCUUACUAGCUCUGGAUUAUGCAAUUGGGGUGUAUUUCAAUAUAUGAUGUAGAUUGUCACAUAACAAUUUAUUUUUCUUUUUAUA